GCACUUCACAGCUUGAAUAUGAUGUUUAUGACAACAUCUACUUAUUUACAAAUUACAGUAUAAUUUUUCUUUUCAGUCCUCAAAAUUUCUGGGGGGGGGCAACUGGGGGGGCAAAGCUUCUGAGUGGGGGGGCAAAUGCCCCCCCAUGCCCCCCCUUGGUGCCGCCACUGGUGUUGCCCCUAAUCAUGUGUGAUUGUUUUCUACUCACUGAAACACACUGCUUGGUUAAAAAAAAAAAUCAAAUGAUCAACCCAAAUUUUUGUUUGUAUGGCCUAUUAUAGUGUGUGAAAUGUACGUCCAAAUUUACGGAAUCACCUUAUUCGUAAAUUAUUGAUCAACAGUUUUACAAAAAAAAUGCAUCCUGGAUCAUUGUUUAUUGUUGGUAAAAUUUAUGUUAUAAACAAUUUUGCACCAUAAUGGAUUGUGAGGAAGGGAUGUGAAAAAAUUGGUUGUAAAUUGUGUUAUACAUUAUUGACUUUCCCCUUUCAGAGACUGCAAAUGCUAGAAGUGCAGUACCAGCAUCUGCAUUGCCUUCAGAGGCCCCGCCAUCAUCAUUAGACGAUCCAUCAGUCUGUGCUUUAAGAAGUCUAGCACCUGGUGCAUCGGCAGUAUCACCCUCUGCACUACCUUCAUCAUUGGAGUGUCCUCCAGGGAGUCAAGCAUCUGAUGCCCCUGCAGUAUCAGCCUCAUCGUUAACUUCGUCCAUGGAAGAUUCAGCUACGGUAUAUAUUCUCACUUAUUAAAUCCAAGUCCAACUCUUCCAUACAAUGUACAUUUAAACAAGGUACAGCCGUAUAGGGUUAAUAGCUAGUGAAAACUUGGUGCCACUUACAUGUAUGUGAGAAUUAACUUUAUGCCACGAAGAGAUGAUCAGUAUUAACUUUCUACCCGUUUGCUGUUGUCAGUGCUUGGAAUAUGGGUUAUGGUAAAAACAUGGCUGACCUCUAAAUACUGUACUUAAUUGGUUUGAAAAAAAGACUAAAGAGAUGGCAAAAUGUCCAGUUUUUGCUUACAGCUGUAUAAUUUUCACCUCAUGUAUUUUCUUUCAGUUAAUAGAGAGAUUCUUGCAAGCAACGCCAGCCGGUGAAGCAGUUCUUUCAGAAUACAAAGCGAAAAACAAGUUCAGAGAUACUACCCGAAAAAUCCUGGUGAAUCUGCUUGUGCACCACAUGAUGGAAAUGCAUGGGAAAACACCCAGCUCUGAAGUAAAAACAAAGUAUGCCCGUGGAGUCGUAAACUUGUUCCCGUCUCUUAAAGAUCCACACACCAUAGGAGGCCAUGAAGCUUUCUAUGAUGAGAAAAGGAACAUGGGCUUCCUGGUCUAUCGAAUCAAGAAUUUGAACAGAGGAACGUCGCGUACAUCAAAACGCAGUGCCAAUGAAGGAGCAACAGGUGGUCCAUUAUGCAAGAGGGCAACACAGGUACCAGAUGAAGACUUGCAUGAUAAAACAACAGAUGUCAACUGGUUGAAGCACACUCCAGCAGCUGAUGAUCCAGCUGUCAUGAAGCAGAUAAAGGAGAAGUGGAAAACAACAGCUGCUUUAAGACGGCAAAUGGUUGACGAAUCAAAAACAGCUGGAAAGAUCAUCAUGGAAUUUCCAAAAUUCUUGAAGGUACCUGGGUUGGUGGAGAUAGAUUUUGGUCUCCUGCUGCCCAACAACACUAACAAGUUUCUGGAACAGUGGCCAAGCAUGGUGAAGCCUAUUGUUGAGUUAGCAAGAGAGGCACCAGCUGAAACUACAGCAUCAUUGUUGAAGUUAAUGGAUGGGAAGCUGAAAGAGAUUGAUUCAGAGGAUUCAGACGAGGAUCAGGUCAUGGAAUCAGAGGACGAGUUGGACGUAAAAUCCAAAUCCCCACUUGCUGAUAGUCAAGGUUGGGAUGCCAGUACGCUAGAGAUUCUCAUACUGCUUUGUUUACUUCCACCAGUCAAUCAGGGGAGGAAGGGCUUGUCAAAGGUUUCAGUGCUCUCAGCAAUCGACCACCUACUACAAUUCCAAAAGAGUGGUGCCAGUCUUGAACAUUUUCUGGAGAGUAGGAAGAAUAAGCAGAUGCAGCCAUACUUGCUUGCAAGAGGAAUGUCCCAGGAGAGGAUAGAUCAAUUCUUUGUUAUUGUGGAUCACCUCGCAAUUCCCUGCUCCGACAUUAGCCCCAUCAGUGCUUUUGACACGCUCUUCAAGACGCAUUACGUAUUCGGGUUACAUUAUGCAAGGCCACUGCAUAAUUUCUGGACCUUCAUUCAAACCACUAUCUACAAUAUCGACCCCAAGACCACCAAUGAAUCACCAAGGGUACGGGAGCUGAGGUCCAAAUUAUCAAACUUUGGCAAGUAGAAGA